GUAUACAUGUUUUCUGUAAAACAUAUAGAAAUAGCGAUACAUGUAGAUUAUAAAUACAUUGCUUACUUUAAAGCAAUAUUGACCCUUUGUAAGCUAGCUAUUUCUUGCACUGCAAAAAAAAAAACUAUCGGUUUUGUGGCGCCCACCUAUGUUCCUGUGUUCAACUAGUAAUGCCUGGUGAGCUGUGGCUGGUCUGGCCAGCUGGCUAAUGUUUUGGAGAACAUAGCUAAUAGCUAGCCUAGCUACACUGCUAGCUUGUUAACCACAGUUGGUCAACACAAUAUACAAACAUCGGAGAAAAUAUACCAUAAUUAUACGAGAUAGUUUCAGUUGCUUGUAAAAGUCGAAUAUAUGUAACUUGCUAAGUCGACAAGAACAUUCCAACCGUAGCAGUGGGAAAAGACCCUUUGGUGACUGAGACCAACAAACACCAGUGUGAAGGAGAGGAAUGAAGGCCUGAUCUUUGAGAUGACUGUCUACCCAAAGAAUUCGGUGCGGAUCUUAUCUGCCCGGGAGCGUGGGGCCCGUGGCCUUGGUUCCCAGCGCCUCCUGCAACAGCUUGUUGAGGAGAAGACCCGGCGGAUGAAAUGGCAGAGUCAGAAAGUGGAGUUGCCGGACAGCCCUCGUUCUACCUUCCUGUUGGCUUUUAGCCCGGACAGGACCUUAAUUGCCUCCACUCAUGUCAACCACAACAUUUAUAUCACCGAGAUUAAGACAGGAAAGUGUGUUCACUCUCUGGUGGGCCAUCGCCGCACUCCUUGGUGUCUGACCUUUCACCCUACGAUCCCUGGUUUGGUGGCUUCGGGAUGUCUGGAUGGAGAGGUUCGCAUCUGGGACCUGCAUGGUGGCAGUGAGAGCUGGUUCACUGAGAGCAAUGUGGCCAUUGCCUCCCUGGCCUUUCACCCUACUGCCCAGCUCCUUCUCAUAGCAACAAACAAUGAGGUUCACUUCUGGGACUGGAGUAGGAGGGAGCCAUUUGCCCUGGUCAAGACUGCCAGCGAGACAGAGAGAGUCAGACUGGUGAGGUUUGACCCACUGGGUCAUUACCUGUUGACCGCUAUAGUGAAUCCCUCUAACCAACAGCAGAGUGAUGAUGACUCGGAGGUCCCCAUGGAUAGCGUGGAGAUGCCCCACUUUCGCCAUCGAUCCUUCCUACAGUCCCAACCGGUCCGCCGUACACCCAUUCUCCACAACUUCCUGCACAUCCUGUCAUCGAGGAACUCCGGCUCACAGUCUGAGGAACAGCAUCCUCCUGCACCCGCUGCCAAUAGUGCUGCUGACUCUCCUAGUCUUCUCUCUGGACAUUAUUCUGCCCUGCGGAGUCGCUCCCGACCCCCCUACCAGGGUUGUGUGCAACACCUUGGUAUGGUUUGCUUCUGCAGUCGGUGCUCUGCCACCCGAGCCCCUUCACCAUCUGGAGAGGACCCCUCUGACCCUGAGAGCCUGGAGGCCCAGUCUCAUGCCUCCACCUUCUCCUCUGCUCGCACUGAGCCCCGGCAGCCCUCUGAGCCUCGCUCCUCACACCGUCCCUCUGCCUUCAGCAGUGUGUACGGCAGUGCUAGAGGACACUCUUUACGCACUCCAUCUUCAGGCCCUGGCCAGCGCAGCAUCCCAGGCCUUAUAACCAACCAGGGCCACCAGCAGCCAGGCCUGGAGUGCUCUGGGCGACUGGCAGGAGCAGACUGGAUGGGCAGCAUGCUCAACAUGCGGCCUGAGCGUAGUGGGGGUGUUGGGGUAUCUCCACCCAGGACUAGUGCAUCCUCUGUCAACCUGCUGUCUGUGCUGAGGCAGCAGGAGGGCUCCUUUCAGUCGCCUGUCUACACCUCUACCACAGAGGGAGGAAGCUUGCCCCCAGCAGUAGUGAGCCCUCACACCAGUGGAAACAGCUCUGUAGAUGGACCCAGCACUAGUAGUGGACACCACUCUCUUGGGGAGGGAGGGAGCAACAGCCCCACCUCGAUCCGUAACGUGCUGCAGUGCAACUUGAAUCGCUACUUCAUGGAGUAUGAUCGCAUGCAGGAAAUGGAGCAGUCAGGUGGUGCUGGUGGAGAGAGCAGCCAAGAGCAACAGACACGGGAGAUGCUCAAUAAUAACAUAGAGUGUGAGCGGCCUGUCACCCCCCAUUAUCAGCCCCCCAACAGCAGUGAUGGUGGUUCUGGUCCCUCCCGCGGCCAUAUGAACCGCUGCAGGGUCUGCCACAACCUGUUCACGUUUAACCAAGGUACACAGCGCUGGGAACGCACUGGCCAGACCCCAUCACAAGAGGAGGGGAGCACCUCAUGGCAGCCCCCAAGCCCCAACCCUGCCUUUCACACAAUGAGGCCGACGGUGCUACAUGUUCCCCAGUCCUCUGACAGGAGACAGUUAUUACAGCCACAGCCCAGUGCUGAUGAACCUGGAGGGGACACAGCCUUCACUCACCGGGGAUCCCCUAGCUCACAGAGAGAACAGGCGGUGGGGUUGGUAUAUAACCAGGAGACAGGCCAGUGGGAGAGAGUUUACCGACCGUCUGUCAGUCCAAGUCCAGCGGUGAAUGUACCACAAGAGGCCUUAAACCAAGAAAUGCCUGACGAAAACCACGAUGACGAUUACCUGAGAAGGAGGCUUUUGGAGUCCUCUCUUAUGUCGCAGUCUCGAUAUGACAUAUCUGGCUCCCGGGACCAUCCUAUUUAUCCAGAUCCUGCCAGGUUGUCCCCUGCGGCAUAUUAUGCCCAGCGGAUGAUUCAGUACUUAUCUCGGCGGGACAGCAUUCGCCAACGAUCACUGCGCUACCAGAGCCGACUGCGGCCUCUCUCAUCCACCUCAGAUAGCCCAGGAAGCAACCCCUCCCCCUCCGUUGAGAACAACGAGGUGGACUUUGAGGAGUUUGAGGAUAACGGGGAUCGUGCCAGACACAGAGCUCCACGCAACGCUCGUAUGUCUGCCCCCUCGCUUGGCAGAUUUGUUCCCCGGAGGUUCCUACUGCCUGAGUACCUGCCAUAUGCUGGGAUCUUCCACCACGAGAGGGGCCAGCCUGGCCUGGCCACCCAUUCCUCCGUCAACAGGGUCCUAGCAGGUGCGGUUAUCGGUGACGGUCAGUCAGCUGUGGCCAGUAACAUCGCCAACACCACCUACCGCCUCCAGUGGUGGGACUUCACCAAGUUUGACCUACCUGAAAUCAGCAACUCCUCUGUCAACGUGCUGGUGCAGAACUGCAAGAUCUACAAUGACGCCAGCUGUGACAUCUCUGCAGACGGGCAGCUCCUGGCCGUGUUCAUACCCAGCAGCCAGCGGGGCUUCCCAGAUGAGGGCAUCCUGGCUAUCUACUCUCUGGCGCCUCACAACCUGGGAGAGAUGCUCUACUCCAAGAGAUUCGGUCCUAAUGCCAUCUCUGUCAGCCUGUCCCCGAUGGGCCACUACGUGAUGGUGGGCUUGGCCUCCCGCAGAAUCCUGCUCCAUCACACUACAGACCACAUGGUAGCGCAAGUGUUACGCCUGCAGCAGCCCCAUGGUGGAGAGACUUCCAUGAGGAGAAUGUUUGAUGUGGUGUACCCCAUGGCUUCUGAUCAGCGGAGACACGUCAGCAUCAACUCGGCCCGCUGGCUCCCAGAACCUGGCUUGGGGCUUGCAUACGGUACCAACAAGGGAGACCUAGUCAUCUGCAGACCUGUAGAUGCCCAGUCAGACGGAGACGGCCCCGCUGAGCACAGUGAGCCCAUAUUUGCUGUCAACAACAAUCGAGGCAGUGGUACCGGUGGGAGCCGCGAUGGAGAGCGACCAGGGAGCAGCAGGGCCCCCUUGAGGUCUGAAAGGGACAUGAGACUUAUGAACGCCAUCGGUCUCCAGCCCCGUCACCCUACCCCCGUUGUGACCUCACAAGGCACACAGACACCCGUCCUCCUACGUCUUCAGAAUGCCGAAACACAGACUGACCAAGAGCCACAGGUUCCCAGCACCUCCCGGGCCUCCCAAGCAACAAACAUCGGUGGACACAUAAGGGACCUUCAUCCAGGCAGCAGCACAGAAAUGGUGCCUGAGACACCCCCGCACACACUGCAGGAGGAUGGCGAGUCAGCCGAGGCCUUCACAGAGGCCAGCACCACCUUGGCUAACCCAGGGGAAUCUCAAGAGCAGGGCAGUGGGGAGGAUGCCGUUUCUCGGCUUCGAAGGCUGAUUGCCGAGGGUGGUAUGACGGCCGUGGUCCAGAGGGAGCAGAGCACCACCAUGGCCUCCAUGGGUAGCUUCGGUAACAACAUCAUCGUUAGCCACCGCAUCCACCGCGGCUCCCAGACUGGGACAGAGGCUCAGGAUAGGGGCAGAGACACUCAGGGCAGGGGUCAGGGUCUUGAUGGAGGUGGUUGGACGUCCUUCUCUCCAUCCCACCGCGGCACUCUGUCGUUUACAGAGCCCACCUCUCGUAUUCUGACCCACCACAGCAUGCAGCUGGGCGAGAGCUCAGGCUUCCUGUUAGAGCCCUCUGGGGCCCAUAGCCGAACAGUAGCACCUCUCCCCUCCCAGUACAUCACAGUCUCUUCUCAUCUCAGCCCUCAGGGGCCCAUUGGGGUGGAGGAGGGGGCCGAUGGGACCCCUAUGGACACAGACGAUGCGUUUGAGGGUGUGGGACUUGUCGAUGAUCUAGAUCUACACUUGCCCUCUGCUUCCUCCUCCUCUUCUUCAACCCUGUCCCCUGUUGUCUCCCCUCUUGACAACAACUUCAGCGCCAGUUACCAUGGAGACCCCUACAGUCGAUAGAUGGUUAUGUGCUUUCCAUACCCAUCUGAUCUCUACCUAGAAGACUCUCCUCCGUCUAGCCUUAUUACAUUGACUACUGUUUUUUCUGGAGGCUUUCGAAUCCCGACAUUGCAAUUAGGCACUUAAAAUUUCAUCCCACUCCUCCAUUGCCUGUUCAGUUUUCUAUCCAAUAGUAGGCUGGAUGAGACCUACCUUCAACCUAGGAUUAGGCUCGGUCUCUUUCUUGGAUGUGGUGUUCCUUUGCGUUCCCUGACCACUUUCAUACUUUUUUGUCAUUGCCUAAUUGAGAGCAAGAAUCCAAAGCUACAGUUUGACCAUUCCAUUGGAGAGAGGUGGACCUGAAUGACUCUUUUACAAUCAGGGUUCAGAUUGGUGGUUGUCGAAUGCCACCUGGGACCAAAUUCCAUGAUCAAAUUGCAACGUUCUUGAAAACGUGUUAGGACUCUGCCCCUUGCUCACUAUUAAUUAGCAAGAUGCUGGUAUAGUAGAAGCACAUUUUAUUAACCAAUCACAUUGGUACAAUUUGAUUGUGAAACUGGAUGAUUCUGUCUAUAAGUUACAUUUAUUGUGUGUGUGAGAGAGGAUGUUCUAUGUCACCCGUGGUAGUUACAAAACGUUUCAUUCUAGUCGUCAUGGUGGAUUAGUGGUUUGCAAAGAUGUAGUUGACCCAAGAUAACGAUGAAUCUCUUGUACUACAUAGGAGAGCAGCAUUACAUUACAGAGUAGAAUUUAGGGAGACCACAUCCACAACAUGCUAUUCCAAAUAUGAGCGAUGUUCGUUAUUAUCGCCGUGCGCUGUUCAUGACAAAAUAAUUCCAGACUUAUUAUUUUUUUGCUUAUUUAUGAUAUCACAAUCACCUUCUCAUUUAGACUUCUUUUGAAGACAUUGAUACUGCCUGACUGAUAAACUGCCCGUUUUUGAUUUGGAAAGUUCAAAUAGGGUACGCACAAUGCCGUCAGGAGAACACCUAAUCGUUUUUAAUUUUUUUUAAUUACCCCUUUUUCUCCCCAAUUUGAUGAUAUCCAAUUGUUUUUAGUAGCUACUAUCUUGUCUCAUCGCUACAACUCCCGUACGGGCUCGGGGGAGUUGAAGGUUGAAAGUCAUGCGUCCUCCGAUACACAACCCAACCAAGCCGCACUGCUUCUUAGCACAGCGCGCAUCCAACCCGGAAGCCAGCCCCACCAAUGUGUCGGAGGAAACACCGUGCACCUGGCAACCUUGGUUAGCGCGCACUGCGCCCGGCCAGCCACAGGAGUCGCUGGUGCGCGAUGAGACAAGGACAUCCCUACCGGCCAAGCCCUCCCUAACACGGACGACGCUAGGCCAAUUGUACGUCGCCCCACGGACCUCCCGGUCGCGGCCGGUUACGACAGAGCCUGGGUGCGAACCUAGAGUCUCUGAUGGCACAGCUGGCGCUGCAGUACAGCGCCCUUAACCACUGCGCCACCCGUGAGGCCCCCUAAUCGCUUUUUUAUUUAAAAAAAAAUUCUCACAUUUUCAAACAGUACAUUUAUAUUUUCCAACGGGGCUAUACAUUUAGGUGAGUUUUUUUCUCUCACUUGAGUAGCCUCGUUUCACUGCCAAAAAUACAAUUAAACCAUCUAGUGUUGAGUGAAAUGACAACACAAUGUCAAAUGCAGGUUGCCUAGUCAAAUACUUAACAUCCAAUCACAUUAACCGUUACUCUCUCGCGGGAAACCUUCACUCUCUUGUGCAUAGAUUUAGAAACUAAACAUGACCAUUUGAAAAAUAAGCCACAGGAGUUUUUCGAGCGAGAAUCAAGACGACGUUCAAGUAGUAAGACAUGUAUAAAAGCAACAGGUACAUUAAUAAGAAGGGUCUAGAAGCGUCUUAUAUUGUGAGCUACCGAGUGGCUAGGACAGGCAAGCCCCAUACUAUUGUGGAGGACUUAAUUCUUCCUGCUGCCGCGGAUAUGGCUGGUACAAUUCUGGGGGGAAAGGCCCCAAAAAACUAUACUGACAAUGACUUCAUCAAACAUUCACUGUUUUACAACGCAUCAGUGACAUGGCAUUGUUUUGAAGCAAUUACUGCUUCGGAAUACAAGCCAGUGAAUUAUAUGCAUUACAGCUGGAUGAGUCAACAGAAGUGGCGGGCCUGGCACAGCUCCUGGUAUAUGUCCGUUACGUUUAUGGGGGGUCAAUUAAGGAAGACAUCCUCUUCUGCAAACCACUGGAAACCAGGACAACAUGGCUUUGGUGGUCAAGAUGUGUUGGUAUCUGUACUCAUGUAGCAAAAGCCAUGACAGGUAGACAUAGUGGAGUGGUAACGCGCGUGCAAGCAGUUGCUCCCGACGCCACUUGAGUACACUGCAGCAUCCACCGGUAGUCUCUUGCUGCCAAGGGAAUGCCUGACUGUUUUGAAAGACGUUUUGGACACCACAGUGAAAAUGGUUAACUUUGUUAAAGCAAGGCCCCUGAACUCUUGUGUAUUUUCUGCAUUAUGCAAUGAUAUGGGCAGCGACCAUGUCAACAUACAGAGGUGAGCGGGUUAUCAAGGGGCAAAGUACUGACAAGCUUACAUUUUUCUUUACUGACCAUCAUUUUCACUUGUCUGAACGUUUGCAUGAUGACGAGUUUCUCACACGACUGGCCUAUCUGAGUGAUGUUUUUUAUCACCUGAAUGAUCUGAAUCUAGGAUUACAGGGACUCUCCGCAACUAUAUUCAAUGUGCAGGACAAAAUGGAGGCUGUGAUUAAAAAGUUGGCGCUUUUUUCUCUCUGCAUUAACAAGGACAAUACACAAGUCUUUCCAUCAUUGUAUGAUUUUUUUGUGUGCAAAUGAACUCAAGCUUACAGACAAUGUCAAAUGUGAUAUAGUGAAGCACCUAAGUGAGCUGGGUGCGCAAUUACGCAGGUACUUUCCCGAAACAGACGACACAAACAACUGGAUUUGUUAUCCCUUUCAUGCCCUGCCUCCAGGCCACUUACCGAUAUCUGAACAAGAGAGCCUCAUCGAAAUUGCAACAAGUGGUUCUGUGAAAAUGUUAUUUAAUCAGAAGUCACUGCCAGAUUCCUGGAUAGGGCUGUGCUCAAUGUUUCUUGCCUUGGCAAAUCGCGCUGUUAAGACACUGGUGCCCUUUUCAACCACGUACCUAUGUGAGAGUGGAUUAUCAGCCCUCACUAGCAUGAAAACUAAAUACAGACACAGACUGUGUGUGGAAAAUGAUUUAAGAUUGAGACUCUCUCCAAUACAAUCCAACAUUGCAGAGUUAUGGGCAUCCUUUCAAGCACACCCUUCUCAUUAACCUGUGGAGAGUUCUUCACACUUUUUGAUGAACAAAUAAGGUUUUAUAUGUAAGAUGGCUAAAUAAAGAGCAACAUUUUUGAUUAUUAUUUGUGCCCUGGUCCUAAUAAGAGCUUUUUGUCACUUCCCACGAGCCGGGUUGUGACACAAACUCACACUCAUUCUUAUGUUUAAUAAAUGUAUUGUGUAGUGUGUGUGGCAGGCAGGCAUACAAUGAUGGUAAAACACAACAUUUGAGAGUGCGCUGACCCUGGUGCUAGAGGGGCUACGCAGCUGGAGGUUGAAUGUUUGAAGGGGUACGGGACUAUAAAAAAGUUUGGGAACCACUGGUCUAGCAUAUCUCAACCAUAUCGUUGAUGGCAAAUAUUGCCGAUAUUCGAGAUUUGUCGUAUAUUAAGCCAAGCCGAGUAGCAUUACAAGAUGUUGCUACCAGGAAGUUGCCAGAUAAUACCAUUACCCUUUCCUCCCCGGUGUAAUGCCUGUAUCAGGUGUUCAGUAUGCAGUUGGAUGUGUGUGCAACAAUGGUUCAUCUGUUCCAUAAAGGAAAACUAACAUUCAUCAUGAUUGAUUAUUUAUUUAAAAGGUUGAUUUAAUAAUAACAGGGUACAGUACACAUGCGCUACCGGCAUUUAGAUCAUCAGCCCUAGAUCCACAGCCUCAUAACUUCCCAAACUUGUCUUGAAAACACCCACAUGCUGUGCCAAGUAUUUGAAGUGAAGCAUUUUGACAAUGGUGUAACUCUGCUACGCUGUCAAACUGUCACCCCAUGACUUGUGGCGGUUGUCUUUUGUACAGUAGGAUUCCUUCUCUAGAUCCACUGUGGUAUGUUGAGCCCAGUCAUCUAAGGCUAACUGGAAUUUGAAAAAAGGAGAUACUACAUAAUGUGUUGGACAUCCAGAAGGCUCUCUUUAAAAUGGCCAGUUUGCCUCCCACUAGCUGCCCCGGGUGCCUUGAGGGUUGUUGUUGUUGUGACAGAGAGGCAGUUGGAGGUGCACAGUGGUGACGAUGCGUAUAGCAUUCCGAGUCACCACAGGGGCAAAGCUCUCUAGGUUGAAUGGACUUUGUCCUUCAAACAGCUUUGUCAGGUCUUAGUCCUUUUUAAAAUUGGUUUGCCAAUCAGCAGUAAUCUGAAUUUUAAAAAAUGUACAUUUUAUUUAUUGUUUUUCCUAGCAAGGUGGUGGGUUUUGACAGUGAAAUAAACUGUGUUGAAUUAAUGAAUUUGGAACAGCUUACUGCAGCUCCAUGGUGAGUGGGUUACUUUUUUUGAUCUUUCGAUGUGAAAAGUAAUUGCAUUACGAACAGGUUUUUGUCUCUCAGCCACUGUUGGUCCAGCCAACUGGCAGUGCUUAUCGCUCUCUCAAAAGUAUAUUGUGAUUGUAUCUGUUGAGUUUAUUUAUGUUUUAAAGAUAAUAGUUCUAGAGGAAGAUAUGCCAAUUUAAGCCAUAACGUAAGGUUGAUCAUAUUUUUUCAUAUAAACUCACCAGUUGCAAUAGUCAUGUGAUCCUUGCCGCAGCAACUGAUCAAUGCACCAUUUGUCGGUUCAUAUGCUGAUCUUACUACAAACAUCUUCAGAAUUUUUCAUUGUCAAAAAGAUAAAUAUAUUUUGUUAUUCAUUGUUUAUCCUAUUGUGAAAUUGUUAUCUUCCCAGUGUUUUCCUAUACUGUAUGACUGAUCAUUCACUUCUACAAUGCCGAUCUUCAUUUUAAUUUGUCCUCAAUUAAGGGGUCCCAUUAUGGCUUGUAAUGACUCCUGUAAGGUUAUGGUAAAUACUAGAUUACCCCUCAUAGCGUCAGAGUCUGAGUGAAAUUAGAUUUGGACAAAUAUAUGCUUGUUGUUUGAGCCUGAAUGUGUUUAAUGUUAGCGUUUGAUCUAUGAGACACAAUAUCCUUCUGAAUUUCUACAAAAAAAUAAUCAGUUUACAACCACUUCUAACUGUCGACCCUUGGAAAGAGCAGAAGGCCCGAGGCUUAUUUACGGCACAUGGACUUGGGAUAUCGGAGUGAUCUGGGUAGGAGUAGAAGGGGUGGAAUGGGAUACAGUGUUUGCAACAGACAAACCAAGAGACCCAUCAGGCAUCAGAAUGGUUCAGACUAACCCAGAUCUGUCAGACUCUCUGCUCCUGAAAAGAUCCCCCUCCCCUUUGGAAACUGGAGCAGACAGCUGACACAGUUUUUUCUUUUGUUUCCCCUUUGAUUUCUUUUUGAGCACUCUCAUUUCAUGUUUUUGUUGUUUUUGGUUUUUGAACUUGUGGAAUUUACUGUUUUCUGUUGUAUUUGAAGAGGAUAUGAUUGACUGCAUUCUAGUGUCCUGUUGGUCAGGAGGAUAAUGGAAAGGAUGGGUUUUUAAACAGAAGGCAGGAGCUUAGUGGCUUCGUGGUGACUGUUGGGUGAGAUGAAGAGAAAUUGAGCAGUAGAGCUGAAUGCUGAUCCCUGUGGGUUCCAGUCCUGCUGGGUUUUAAUGUGGGAGAAAAACUGUGAGCAAACGGCAGCAUUGGAUUUGGCCACCUUGAUCCUCAUACAGCAUUGUGUUAGAUAAGCUCAUCGGUUUCAGCUUUCACCUUCUAUCUGUGCUUUUUAUUACUUGGUUCACCAACAUACAAUAAUCAGCAGCUUGUGUAUCAAUUCAAUCAAGACAACAGUUAAAUAGUGUAACUACAGUUUAUACAGUAGAAAUCUCCACAUACAGUUCCCCAGUUUUUCUACCGAUCACUUUCCACAGCCAAGGACGUUUUGAGACUUCCAGGGUUUUUAUUUUCUGUGCAAUUUAAGGGCAAUAUGUAAUCACAUGACAUACUCAACAGAUUUAGUUAUACUGCUUUACACUGACCACACAACAAUAAUCAAACUGCACAACUGUUCACAGAUCAUCUCAAAAUCAUUGUAAAGACAUUACACUGCAAUAUUUUCGUACAGGUGAUAAUCACAUGUUUGUGCUUCAGAAUAAAAAUGUCUGUGACCUUCUGGAUAUGAUUGAAAUUUGGAUCAAAUCUGUUUAUUUUAUUUUUUAUAUAUAUUUGUAAGUCAGAAAUGUGUUUUAUAGAAUGAGUUUCCUAAACAAUUACUUUAUGGAAAAUCCUAAAGGUCACAAGUGUAUUUGUUCUGUUGUCACUGACUCACCAUAGUGUCUUUUUCUCACAUGUAUCAGUAUGUGAUCUGCUGAGUGUACGUGAACUCAACAAGGAAGUGUCUUCAGUGGACCUGCUUUUGUUGUUGUAGGAGAUUGUGAUUUGAAGGGUUUUCUAUCUACUUUAAAGGGUAAAAUGCAGUAUAUUACAGUAGUCGAUGUGCAACUAAGUGCUGUGAGAACACCAAAGAUCCUAGAAAAUAUAUGUUGAUCAUAAACAAAUAAAAAUACAAGUGUAAAACCUGAAACAAUA